CGCGACAAGUCCUGAUUCCUGAACAGUCGAAGCACAUGACACUCCACGGCAUUCACGAGAGCACCGAAGAAACAACAAAUAUGGCAGAUUGAACGCCAGAUUUAAGCUCCAACGUCUCGCAUUCGUGGGACCAUCAUCCACAAACUCUCUCAUUCCUCGGGUUAGAUAGAUCUGCAGGUAGAUUGUCUCAAUUUAAACAGCAUUCCAAGUGCACAGGUUGAUCUUAAGAGCGGGAGAUUUUGAUCGAUCCAAUGGAAGUUUUUGUUGGCAUUUGUGGUUUGGAGCUACACUUUGUCAAAGUGCGGCGGAUUGUUCUUUUAGAAUCCAAAUGCGCCGGCGAGAGUUUCCAAUUUUAGAAGAGAAGGGAAGCGGCAAAGAAGUAACCGAAGGCAAACUUGAGGGAUGCAGCCGCGCAGGCCGACGCCGACUGCCCUCUCGGCUUUCCGGUGGACUCUAAUGCGCGCCGUUGGAGCUGUCGCCGUCGCCGCCCUCGUGGUCGUGCACGUGGUCCUCCUUCCAUCCGCCACCACCGCCCCCGACGCCCAAGAGCUCCCCCAGGAACGUGAAAUUGGAUACCGGUGGAAAACCAGCGAGCUCAGAUGGAUGCAGGAGUUCGCUCCGCCCCAACUCCCCAAGCUCCCCAUUUCUGCACAGAAGGUGAUUCUUGAAAUGCCAGUGGUGGGCAGCUCGAAAGGAGAUUAUGAUCUUGCCAAGCUAUGGAAAUCAUCUUCAAACGGAAACUUUCUGCAAUGUGUAGCACCGAGCUCAUCGUAUCUGCCUCCUUUGCAUUCAAGAGGGUUCUUGCUAGUUCAUACGAAUGGUGGGUUAAACCAAAUGCGUGCCGGGAUAAGUGACAUGGUAGCGGUGGCACGAUUAAUUGACGCAACACUUGUUAUUCCUCGGCUUGAUAAGAGAUCAUUUUGGCAUGAUUCUAGCAAUUUCUCUAACGUGUUUGAUGAAGAACACUUUAUCCAUGCUUUGGCCAAUGAUGUCAAAGUUGUAAAGAAAAUACCGAAAGAGUUGACACCGACCACGACUGCAGUAAUACACUUCCGAAGCUGGUCAGGAGUGGACUACUAUCAAAAUGAGAUAUUGCCUAUGUGGGAUAAUCAUCUGGUUAUAAAAGCUGCCAAGUCAGAUUCGCGUCUUGCGAACAAUAACCUUCCUGCUGACAUACAAAAACUUCGCUGCCGUGCUUUCUUUCAGGCUCUCAGAUUUGCUCCAAGAAUUGAAGCACUAGGAAAAUUAUUGGUGGAGAGGAUGAGAUCUUACGGUCCAUUUAUUGCUUUGCACCUUCGUUACGAGAAGGACAUGCUUGCUUUUAGUGGGUGCACAUAUGGCUUAUCACCUAUUGAAUCUGAUGAACUAGCAAGGAUUAGAGAAAAUGUUUCAUAUUGGAAGAUCAAAGAAAUUGUUGCCCAAGACCAAAGGGCUAAAGGGUAUUGUCCUCUGACUCCAAAGGAGGUUGCAAUUUUUAUUUCUUCUCUUGGAUAUCCACCAAGCACUCCAAUAUAUAUCGCAGCAGGGUCAAUAUACGGAGGCAGUUCUCAUUUGGCUGAUUUGGAAUCCCGAUUUCCUAUUUUGUUGAGCAAGGUAUUGAAUUUGUGUUUGAUGUGUUACAAUUUACAAACAUUGAUUUCUCCUACAUUUCUAUCACUUUGCCUUUGUCUCAUCCGAUCCGAUCCUGUUUAUGAACUAUUUUUACAGGAGAAAUUGGCAUCAGCACAAGAGCUUGAACCUUUUAAACAUUAUGCUUCACAAAUGGCAGCACUAGACUACAUUGUAUCACUGGAAAGUGAUGUUUUUAUCCCAUCAUAUUCUGGGAAUAUGGCGAGGGCAGUCGAAGGUCACCGCCGCUUUCUUGGCCAUCAGAAAACAAUUAAGCCAGACAGAAAAGCUCUUGUUCGUUUGUUUGAUAAGAUCAAUCGAGGAUCUCUGAGAGAAGGGAGGAAGCUAUCCAAUAUUAUUGGCGAGAUUCAUAAAAGAAGGCAAGGUUCUCCUCGCAAGCGAAAAGGGCCUGCUACCGGCACAAAAGGCAUGGAACGAUUCCGCACUGAAGAAGUAUUUUACGAGAACCCUCUACCUGACUGUCUGUGCCAGCAGCAACCCUGAGAAUUGGCCAUUUAACUUGUGCAUAGAUCGCUAAAUGGCACAAUCAGUUCAUACACCUGACUGCAUAGCAAAUUUGAUACGAUCCAGUUAAUGUCCUGACAACAAGACUCGAGAGGAGUGACUGGGGACUCACCUGUUGUAGUAGUACCAGAUGAAGUAGUCAUUCUUUAGAAUGAAUAACUGUACUUCAAUGCUGCUACUGAAGCUUACUAAAUCCUACCAAACAAUGUAUCAAGCAAACUGCAAGAAUUUUUCAAUAAACAAACUAACUACGAUGAUUAGUAUAA